UUGGACAACGAAUUCCUUCUCGGGACAUUCACUUCAAGAGAAAAUAGCUCACAAAAUAACGUCUAUUUCGUAAUUAUUAAAUUGCUGAAUUUUUUUUCUUCGUAAUUAUUCUGUAUUUUAACUGUUUAACUUUUCAACUAAUUAUCAGUUUGCACACUUCUUUGCUGGGUGUGUUUUGCAUUUAUUUAUCAUUCAUCGACCAUUUGGUCACUUUCUUCCAUCAUGCCGGAAGUUGUUGAUGAUUCCGUCUUCAUCGCCGAUAAUACGGUCGAGUUAUCCCAACUGAAUGAAAUCUCCGCCAUCGUUCCCAACAGCAAGGGAAUGUCUUCCUCCCAGUGGAAAAUUACCCCCUUGAAAGGGACUGACGUGGAGGAAUCCGUCGACGAAAAUGGAAUUGGAAAUCGACGUCGCGACUCGGUGGACAAUCUCUUUGAAAUUGUGCCUAAUUGUUCCAUCGCCGGAAGUGGAGAGGAUGGUGGAGGCGAUUUUUGUGGAAGGGGACCAGGCCGAGUCUUAUCUACGACGGGGGGCUCUGACGCUUUAGGAAUCGUUCUCGACACGGAGCUCUUAAUUUUGGAGAAGGAGUCGACCCUACCACCACGACGGAUCGAAUUCGGAGCCAGAAUAGAUUUUAUUUUGUGGCGCAGAUCAAUUAUUUUGGCUGGGUUGGCCUCCUCGGAAAUAGUUCUGGUCGAUCCCAACACGUUUGUCGUAAAGGAGAGCAAAAAAGUUGACUCUACUUUGAAACAAGACUGUGAUCGGUUUUUUGUCGACGCCGCAAUCCAUUCCAAUCCAGAUCCGUCUAAAAUUGAUGUCGUCGCCGUGGGAAGAAAUGGAGUCGUCUAUUCCUUUCAUAACAUCAGCUUAUGCGAUGGAACCCUGGAUUCGACACAUGAUCAAAAUAUGUCGGUUGACAUUGAUGUCGGCAGUAUUCGUGGGACGAGGAUCAAAUGUUUAACGGAUAAAGAGAAUCCACAGGUCUUGUGCUGCUCAUCUCCCUCCAGAAGCAUAUUAAUUCUCUGUGAGCAGGGUGGAACGCUGUCAUUUCACGACAUCCAAGAUUUGGCAGGUUUUCGAAAAGAGCUUAAAGCGAAUCAAUGCAUUGAUAUUAUGCAAGAUUUAGGACUUAAUGCUAAAACCAUUACGGUAAAAAAGCUGGUUUCAUUUGAAGGGCUGCUCUUUAUACUCUUAUCGAAUGGGAAUCUCGAAAUAUUUCUUGACGACCUACUCUUCGCCACGGAAUCACUCCAACUUCCCGACCACGCCUUUGUCGUUCACGAUUUUGCACUCAUGUUAAACGGCGAGGGUGAAGUAAAGCUCUGGGUCCUCUACGGACUGAAAGACUUUUCUCGAAAUUACAUCGGGAUUUUUGGAGGCUGCUCAUUCACACCAGAGUUCUGCGCCAAAAUACCUGCACUCGCAAUACAGAUGAAGGACAAGGUCGUCUCUGGGUUGCUAUUUCCCUCUCAAGCAACCCCGCUUGAAGAACCUUUCGGCUUCUUGGAAGUCUCCAAUUUGGGUGUGACAGUGUACAGGAUGUUAGAAACGUCGACGGACACGACAAUCCAGAAACUAUUGGCGAGAGGAAAAUUUAAUCAAGCAGCCGAAAUGGCAGCACAUUAUGGCAAAGAUUUAGAUGUAGUAUACAAAGCGAAAACCAGAGCAAAGUUUAACGAGUUGUUGGGAAUUGGAGAUGUGGGAAAAGCGGGUCCCGUAUUUGAGGAACUUGUCGAAAGUUUGGAGAAAGUCAGAGAUGCCACGUUCGUCUGCGAUUUCUGUGCGCAGAAAGGAUUCGCCUCUUUAGCUUGGAUUCGUCGCCUAUUGAAUGUCGGAAAGGGUCGAGUAAUGGAGUGCAAGACGACUCCAGCGGGGACGAAUUUACUUUUAACCGUCAAGAAAUUAUUCACCUUUGAACAAGUCUUUCCUAAUGCGGCGAUACAGGAAUGGCUCGAAUUUGUCUCGAUAGAGAACACCAUGUUUCAACAGUGUAAAUGGUUCAUAAAUAAGCAUGAGUUUGCCAAAUGCGAAAAAGUUUGGAGACGUCAUUUCGACGAGUUUAUCCCAACCAUCAAGCUCGACGACUUUGGUCCCUUCUUUUUUAUAAUGUUUAGCCAAAAGUUGUCCUCUCCAUCGGCCGUUUCUCUCUUUAAAUGCAUUCUACCCUUUGCCGUGGAAAAGUGUGCUGAGCGACAAAUUGUUCCAGCAACUGACUCGUCAAAUCUCAUCUUUUCUCCGGUAUCAUCAUCUAAUUUCGGACUGGACGCGUUCCAACUUGCCAAAGUUGAACAGCUUGUUAACAUUGCAAAGAGACAAGUUUGUUCCUUCGAAAGAGAACGAUUAUGGCCAACGGAGGCGAUACAGUUUUCCAAAAUUGUGAUAUCCAUUGUCAAAGAGGCGAUGGAAAAUUUAAGCGGAGGAAGUCGUAUCGACACUAAAACCAAAACACAAAUUCUUAUCUGUGCCGACAUUUUGUCCAGAAUGGAAAUAAUUGUACAGAAUUUGGUGGAGUUGUCUGAUUUGAGGAAAAAUCACUCGAUCCGAAUUCCAUUUCAGCAAUAUAUGGAGGAUGACGUAAUUGAAGUUGUGAAUUCAAUGCUGUGUGAACUCUUCCAUCGACCCGAGAUUGAAACUUUCAUCGCCAAGUUUCUCACACCUUUCGCCGCCAGAAAACAUAUUCACGUCGACGAUUUAUACUAUAAACAUAUUGAGGCCGUCGUUUCCGACCUACCAUUUCAUAUCAACCCCAUCGACAUUCCUCAAGAGGAGCGAUUGAUCUGCCUGAUUUCGCACAUUUCCGAAACUGAAUCAAAACUAAAGAGUGUUUUAAAAAUAGCAGAAGAAUGGCCUGUCCCCUGGACUCAAAAUAUCGACAACUUGGUCGUAGAAUGCCUGAAAAUUGGCGUUCGUGGAGACGAAGUGUGUUCUCAGAUUCAAAAUACCAUCAACAUUAUGAGAGUGCAAGUCCCAUUUCGUUGUCUGUUGAAUAAACAUCGUUUAACGGCUACCAAAGUACAAAACUAUUGUGGAGUUGUGAUGGCCUUGACCAGAAUUAUCAAUAAUGGGAAGCCAGAUUAUUACUCUGAUUGUAUGGAGUUCAUUAAACAUACAGGAUUUGUCGACGAGGACAAAGUCAAAUCCAUCGGAUUUGGUCUCAAACUAAGGAAUGGUGCCCCCGUGGAGACUUUGGUGGAUCCGACGUGGGACAGAAAACUCUUGAAGCGCCUUUUGGCCAGAACCCUUCAAGAGUUUCGAAUGGGAUCCCUAGAAAUCUUUCAUGAAGAAGAACUACGACGAAUAGUUGACGUUGGAAAAAUUUUGGCAAAUAUUCUCGAAGAUCGGAGAGCACUAGAAUUUUUCAAGUUGAGGGAAUUUAUCCCAACCCUCAAUAAUCCGGAUAUUGCAUAUGAGGACUCGUACCCAUUUUGUGUCCUCAAUCACGUCAUGCCAAUCUAUUACAAUAAACCCACGCAAGAAUUAAUCCAUCUCUGCACUCAACUUUCCGACAUUACCUUCUCCCACUUGCCCGAUGUCCUGUCCACUGCCGCCGCAUUUUACACCCGGCCUGGAGCGACACCCUCCGAGUUGAAGAAACUUUGGGAAAUUGUCGAAAAAAUUGUCUCCAUGCCAGGAUGCGUUCUUAGUAAAAAUUCUGAAGUCGUUCACUCGUCCGCUGUAACGAUUGCUCAAUUUCUUAUCUGCCAGUGCCCGGAAUCUAGCGACGAAAAUUUGGCAAUCCUUCAAGAUUUCUUAGUCAUUCUCACCGAGUAUGAGAAAAGCAUUGAAGAGGUGACGAAAAUGCUGACAAACCUUAAAAUCUUUUUGACCCUGAGAGAACAAGAGAUUCCAUUGGAGAAAGAAUUCCUCCAAAUGUACGAGUGGCUAUUUUUGAAAGGGAUUCCGAGUGAAGAAACGCUCCUUCAGGCUCUCAAAGGGAUGGGAUCAAUCAUACUAAAGUUUGGGGACACGAAUCUCUUCAAACAAGUUUUUGGAUGUGUCGUGAAGGAGUUUCAUAGUCGCAUGGGGACCAAUCCUGAGAAUAUGAGAGCUUCGAUUAAACGCGUUUUGAAAAAUGUGCAGGAUCUUCAAAGCAGUUUGUACAGAAGUUUGGAUCGACUCACCGAACCAGAAAAUAACAGGGAAGUAAUACACUUGGUUGCCUGCCUCAACAAAGAAGUCGACAUGACCCUCACCCCGUACGCGCUACGACAACGGAACAAGACCCGAUUUUUAAACAAACUCCUCAAUCGCAAUAAAUUCUCCCUUGCGGCUCAAAUUGCCAUCGUGUUUGAAGUAUUUUCCGACAGCGAAUCGUGGUCACGCAUCUUGAAAGGAUUCAUGACCGAUGGAGACGUCAAAGAACUUCGAAAAGUUUUACUCGAUUUACGCAACGUUUCUGAGCUAUGGAUUCUGCCUGAAUUUGCCGAAGGCUGGAAAAUGGUGGCAGAUAAAGACUCGUCAUUCCUAGACCUGUGUCCUAUCCCACUCGAUUAAUAAGUUACGUUAAUUAGGUUAGUAUUAUUUAAAUAAUUGUGAAUUUAAUUUGAAAUGCGCUUAUUUAAAACUUGAAUCGAUUACGCUUAUCAAGUGUCCUCCAAUCACCUUGAAUCGUGAUGUAAUUUUCAAAAUCUUCUAAAGUAAUUUUUCAAAUUAAAAUACUUGAAUUUUCUAUCAAAAA